AACGAUAAUGAAAGAAAAAAACCUUUAGACAAAAGAAGCAUCUAGAACAUCUCCGAUGCAGUGGAAGCAUCCAACGGUUAACAUGAUUCGACGAACGAACAAAAGCUAAAGAGACGGAAUUCUAGACUCUUCUUCACAAAACGCGCACGAUAGCAAUUAAAUCUCAGCCGUCCUUUUGAUAAGCUUUUUGGUUCUAUAUAAACUUAAGUCCCUAGCAAAGUCGUUUAGCAAAAGAAGGAAAAAGUGUAAAGAAAUUUGCAUUUCGUGUCCAGAACCUUCGUAUCAUUUCUCAAACUUUGAUUCCACGAAAUUGGGGUUGCCCAGUUUCGAUCGGAUUUCAAUUGGGUUUUCCAUCGAUUUGAAGAAUAAAGAUUUCAAUUGUCUGAACCGGAAGCGAAGAUGUUUGGAAGAGCUCCGAAGAAGAGCGACAACACGCGGUACUAUGAGAUCCUUGGAGUCUCCAAGAACGCGUCGCAGGAUGAUUUGAAGAAGGCUUACAAAAAGGCUGCUAUCAAGAAUCAUCCUGAUAAGGGUGGUGAUCCGGAGAAGUUUAAAGAAUUGGCUCAGGCUUAUGAGGUUCUUAGCGAUCCUGAGAAGCGCGAGAUCUAUGAUCAGUAUGGUGAGGACGCACUUAAAGAAGGAAUGGGUGGUGGAGGUGGUCAUGACCCCUUCGAUAUCUUCCAAUCCUUCUUUGGUGGAAGUCCAUUUGGAGGUGGUAGCAGUAGAGGCCGACGACAGAGAAGGGGAGAAGAUGUGGUACAUCCCCUUAAGGUCUCACUUGAGGAUCUUUACCUUGGAACUUCCAAGAAACUUUCUCUGUCACGGAAUGUGAUCUGCUCGAAAUGCAAUGGUAAAGGAUCAAAAUCAGGCGCUUCAAUGAGCUGCUCUGGCUGCCAAGGAACUGGAAUGAAGGUCACAAUUAGGCACCUUGGUCCGUCGAUGAUCCAGCAGAUGCAGCACCCUUGUAAUGAAUGCAAGGGCACUGGAGAAACAAUCAGUGACAAGGACCGGUGUUCUCAAUGCAAGGGUGAGAAAGUUGUUCAAGAGAAGAAGGUUCUGGAAGUUAUUGUGGAGAAGGGUAUGCAGAAUGGACAGAAAAUUACAUUCCCAGGAGAAGCAGAUGAAGCUCCUGAUACUGUCACUGGAGAUAUAGUUUUUGUCCUUCAGCAGAAGGAGCAUCCAAAAUUCAAGAGAAAGGGUGAAGACUUAUUCGUGGAGCACACUUUGUCACUCACUGAAGCUCUCUGUGGCUUCCAGUUUGUUCUCACUCACUUGGAUGGCAGACAGCUUCUCAUCAAAACAAAUCCUGGGGAAGUUGUAAAGCCUGAUUCAUUCAAGGCCAUUAACGACGAGGGGAUGCCAGUGUACCAGAGACCAUUCAUGAAAGGGAAGCUCUACAUCCAUUUCAGUGUGAACUUCCCUGAUUCCCUAAGCCCAGAGCAGAUCGAAGCUCUGGAAACUGUCUUACCAUCAAAACCAUCAUCCCAACUGACAGACAUGGAGCUCGACGAGUGUGAGGAGACAUCAAUGCAUGAUGUCAACAUCGAAGAGGAGAUGCGGAGGAAGCAGCAAGCUGAGGCAUAUGAAGAAGAUGAAGAUAUGCACGGUGGGGCGCAGAGAGUGCAGUGUGCCCAGCAGUAAUCCUCGUUGAGCUGAAAUUAACCUGAAAUGAGUAGUCAAUAUGUUAGGUUUGUUUGUUUGGGGAUUAGUGGUUGAUGAGCUGCGUAUCUUGUUAAUGUGGCCGUUUUUGAUGGGUGGCAUUUGGAAUUUUUUAUAUUCCGAUAGGCCGUUACCAACUGAUACAAUAUAUAAAAUCAAUCUGGUUCUGAUC